AUGGCAAAAGCCUUGAAGAAGAUAUUAAAUGACGCGAAGGAGGGCUGCAUAUAUCUCAACUUAGGCACAAACUUAAGAAGCAAUCGCCUGCCCAUCAACAGGUGCAACAUGUUUCUAAAAACUUUCGUGGGCUUACCUUGCGAGCUAUUGUGGAAGUUCGAGUCUGAUCAACUCGCGAACAAGCCCGAUAACGUGGUGAUAAGGAAAUGGUUGCCGCAGCAGGAGGUUCUACCGCAUUCGAACGUACAACUGUUCCUGCGGGACUUGCUUCGAGAUUUGCCGCACAAGGCGAUGGAUAACGUCGUCUGCUGGAUCGAACGCGUGAUACGCCACAAAGGGCCGCCGCAUCUUCGCAACAAGUCGCGAGGUACACCUUGGUACCAAGACCGAAUGUCGGACGUGAUGGCGAUUGCGUUCGGGAGAAUCGGCAUGUGUUACUGUGGCGAUUACUCGUUGCAGAGAGCUUUCGGCCCGAGCCAGGAUCAGUAUAAGUGUCUGUGA